AUGGACGCCUUCAGGCUGUUGACUCGGUCAACAAAGUUGAAACCUGCCGCGACAUCUGCAUCGACCUCUGCCUCUGCUCGUCUGCCCUCAACAGGCAAGACGGCGAACCCGCAGCUCUUCCGGACGGCGGAGGCCGACCAGCUCGAGCAUAACAAGAAGCGAAAGAGGGAAAUCGCUGUGGAGGAGGAAGAUGAGGAUGAUACCGCGAAUUUGGAUUUCUUCCAGUCAUCCAAGCGCCCUGCCGCAACCACGACGGUAGCCACAUCGACUGCGCCCGAACGCGAUGCCGAACAAGAUGAUGAAUCCGACGACGAUGUCAUGGACGACGUGCAACGGCGCACGAUUCUCAAUUCCCACAAAAUCAAGGUGACAGAUCUACGUGAUCUGGAGGAGAUCCAAACGCAGCCGGUGCCGACCAAAGAGUCCAAGAAGAAAAAGAAGAAGCAAAAGAAAGAGGAAACGCCUGCUUUGAGCAAGAAAGAACAGAAGCGCGCCCGGCGCCUUUACCCGCAACCGCUGCUUUCCUUCAGGGAGCUGCGUUCACAAUACAGGAUCUCUCGACGGCUCGCGGAGAAUGUGGCCGAACAAGGGUUUACGGUGCCGACGGAGGUGCAGUUGGGAAGUCUGCCUCUGUUGCUGGGAGAGUCCUCGGCAACGACUGGUCUCAGCGAUGAUUCUUCUGAGCCAGAUCUGUUGGUUGUGGCGCCGACGGGAAGUGGAAAGACGCUGUCAUUCUUGAUCCCCGUGAUCAAUAAAAUUGUGAGACACCACCACUCCCAACCCGAUGAGCAUGGUAUUUUGUCGAUGGUUGUUGCGCCCACCAAGGAGCUGGCCAGCCAGAUUGUCAACGAGGGAAGGAAACUCGUUGCUGGCACGGGAGUCAAAAUCACGUUGAUGAGGAAGGGCAUGCGAGUAGUCGAGCGCGAUGAUGAGGGUGACACGAAUGCCCUGGACGAAGAUAGCGAGGGGUCUUCUGAGCCAGAGGAGGAUGACCAUGCGAAACAGCGCGGGAGUAAUGCCCCGGUUACCAAGAGCGAUAUCCUCGUCACCACGCCGCUGAUGCUGGUCAAUUCUCUAUCCGCCAACCGUACGAAGACCAUGGCAAGCUUGCCACUCGUGCGGAACCUGGUGCUGGACGAAGCAGAUGUCCUACUGGACCCGCUGUUCCGCGAGCAGACUCUCGAUAUCUGGCGCUCAUGCUCGCAUCCCGACCUCCGAGUGAGUCUCUGGUCUGCCACCAUGGGCUCGAACGUCGAAGACCUCAGCCGGUCGACCAUCAAAGAGCGACAAGAAGAGCUCGGACACAAACCCCUCAAGCAACAUCCUCUCGUCCGCCUCGUGGUGGGACUGAAGGACUCUGCAAUCCCCAACAUUGACCACCGACUCGUCUACGCCGCAACCGAGCAGGGCAAGCUACUCGGACUCCGGCAACUCCUCCACCCAACCGCGGCGUCUGCAUCAGACGUCCGUCUCCGACCUCCCUUCCUCAUCUUCACACAAACGAUUCCCCGCGCCGUCGCCCUACACUCCGAACUGAAAUACGACAUCCCCGCCGAAGCAGGCGGGUCCUCUCGAAUCGCCGUCCUGCACUCUGACCUCUCCGACAGCCAGCGGUCCGACAUCAUGCGCGAUUUCCGCAAAGGCGAGAUCUGGAUCCUGGUCACGACGGACCUGCUCGCGCGCGGCGUCGACUUCCGCGGCAUCAACGGGGUGGUCAACUACGACAUUCCCAACUCGGCCGCUGUCUACGUGCACCGCGUGGGACGAACGGGUCGCGCCGGACGCGAGGGCGGCAUUGCCGUUACGUUCUACACCAAGGAAGAUAUUCCCUACGUGAAGAGCAUCGCCAACAUCAUCGAUGUCAGCGAGAAGCUGCGCGGGAAAGAGGGCGGCAAGUCUAUUCAACAGUGGCUGCUCGAUGCACUGCCGGAUCUGAGCAAGAACAGUAAAAAGGACCUCAAGAGACAUGGCGUCGAGGCUCGCCGGGCUUCUAGACAUGGAGGCAAGGGGGAUGAUGAUAAGAAGGGCCAGCGGGGUGCGAGGAUCAGCACGAAGAGCGGCUUUGAGCGACGUAUGGAGAAUCGCAAGAAGGGCGCUAUUGCGGCGAGCCGUAGUCGGAAAGCGGCUGCGGAGACGGCGGAGGAGAAUGAUAGUAGCUGGGAGGGUUUGGAGGAUUAA